AAACAGCCCUGCCCAAAAUCAAUUUGCAACCUGAAAUAUACCAACAUCUCCUUCAAGCAUCGGCCCUCCGGCAAUCAGCGCUCAUGCCACACCUCCUCCUUCAUUCCCCUCCGGGUUUCCACAAUUCCCAAUCUCCCACUUCGCGCCCUCCCCAUCACCGACAUCGAGCUCCUCGACGCCCUUGCGGGAUCCUCCUCCGAUGACCCCAAGACCCAUCUCCCUGCCGUCCGGUCCUACCAGAACGAUCUCGCCCGCCUCAGUGUCAUUGGUGCCGUCGCCGCCGACCAGGCCCUCACUGCCGCUGCUGCUGACGGUGGCGACAUUGCUGAGGAGCACCUCUCAUCCGGAGCUGCUACCAUGGUUGUGGAGACGGUCUUCCCCGGCAGCUCCGACGAGCGCAGCACCGUGUCCACUAGGCUGUUUUUGCCAGCGAAAAAGGUGAAAGAGAAGGCCAAGAAGCUGAGGGGAAGUCUUUCAACCGACAUACUUUCCACUGAUGGUUCUAUUUCCACGAAUAUAGUCGCCAUCACCUUCCGACAAGUGGUUUUGCAGAGAUUGUGGAGCUUUGAGCUCUCGGUGUUCUGCCCUGGAUCCGAGAGGAAUAUGGAUGAGCUUGCAGAACCUAAAGAUGAUCCUAUUGAUUUUUGUGUAAGCUCCUCUGACGAAGGCUUUUUGUCUGCACUUGCGGAGGUUGUCUGUUCUUUUGCUCUUGAAAAGACUAAAGCAGAUUACAUUGGAAAUGUGGAUGGCUCAGCUUCUAAUAGCCUGUUUGCUUGGUUUAGUAAGCCACAAAUGAUGACCUCAGUGGAUUCUUCGAUUAGUUUAUGCAAAAUUUCACUUGAGAAUAUGGUGAAGAACGCAAGGGAAAAAAUGGAGUUCAAUUUGGCUAAGGGAAAUCAUGCAUCAACGAAAAGGAACUUGAGGCACCUUUGGUGGUCACCACCUACAUACUCAAGGUUGUAUAAAGAUGGAGGUCCUACCGUCACUGAGUGGGCAAAUGAAUAUAUUCCAGCUUACAGGAUUCAGAUUGAUGGAAAUAAGUUUAAAGAUGCUAAGCUUGAUGGUUGGAAGAAAUUGGCAAGUAAUAGGUGGGAAGUUUUCUUAACCCACUUCCAAAUGGUCGAAUUGGCAAACAUUCUUGACAUGUUUUAUGAAGAUCGAUUUACACUUCCAUACAAAGAGCUCUCUUAUGGUUUAAUUAAUGAAUUUUCAGCCGUAUCCAAAAAUAAGAGUUUUUGGAAAAUCUUACUUGUUUCCUUAGCUGGUGGAUGCUUUGCUUUUGCUAUCAGCAUUCUAGCCCAACUAUGCUUUCCAAAUGUCCUCAGGGCUGGUAAAACUUCAAACCAGAUUACACUUAUUCCACCAACUUCAACUACAUGUUCUCAGAAUCAGUCCCUUGAACCCUGUGAGUUAGAAACAUUGUGUUCAUCAGUAGUCAAGAAGAUUAAAGAUGCUCUCUGUUGGCCUGGAGAUAUAGAGAUUGACAAAAAUAUUGGUGCUUGGAUUGGGACAGUUCCUAGUUACUUGAAGAUCAAGGAUUCUAAUGUUUUGUGUGUGGAAAAUUCUGAGAUAAAUUCACCUCAACGGGAUGUUCCAGCUAAGGAAGCCUCGUCUUCGAGCAUGUCUAUCUCUUUGGGAACAAGCGAUUCAGGAAUUCAGAUGACUUCAUCAGAUAUUGCUAGUUAUGAGGUAGUUUUGUCAAGGGUCGGUGAUAUAAUUGGUUUCCAGCCCAAAAACCGUGUAGCUGUCAAUCAUUGGGCAUCGAAUCCCUUGGCGAAUUUUUUGUACGAGCAGCAGAAGCUGACCCCUGGUGUUUUUGAGCCAAGUCCGAAGAUCCCCUGUCCACAAGAGUCAGUGAUCUUUGAAUUAUUGAUGUCUGAAAAUCCUGAAUCCUAUUUUGCACUUGCAAGGCCAAGUAGAUGAUUAUGAACGAGACAUGAAAAUUUCGCCUCUCAUUAGUUUCAUAAAUCACAGCUUUGAAUGCUUAGUGCGUAUCUAGAAUGGGAAAAUAUUGAUAUAUCUCCGCACGCUAGUGCAUUCCAGAGAAUUGGGGGAAACUGUGUCUCAUAUUUUUGGUGCAGGCCAAGAAUCCGAAAUCUAAGGUUUUGCUGGAAGAUUUGCUUUCAUUUUUUUUUAUUAUGUCAUUUUACAAACCCGUAUUUACCACUAUUUUUUCUUUAUUGUCUUAUGUAAUAUCUCUGAGCAAACAAUGAAGGAAUUAUUACUCAACUUAUUUUUUUUUAAAAAAGUUAGAAAUGAUUUAACAGAAUA